GCAGGCUGGAAGAAGGAAGCAAGGAGCUGAAGAAGGGGAUUCCUGGUUAAAUCUCCCAGCUAUAAAACACUUAGGGCAAUUGCAGUUUAAGAAAUUAAUACCUGCUGGCCGGGGGCUGCAGGAGGUAUAGAAGGUGUGAAUCUCAGAACCUGGCAGAUUUGUAGAACGAGACAGAUAAGGUGAAUAAAGAUAGGAGGGAAAGAUGACGACCAUUGAAACACAUAUACAGUAUUCCAACUCUUAUAAUAUGACGGAAGAAAGCUAUAUGACACAAGAGGAGGACUGGGAUAGAGACCUACUCCUGGAUCCUGCUUGGGAGAAGCAACAGAGAAAGACCUUCACAGCCUGGUGUAACUCUCACCUUCGGAAAGCUGGCACACAGAUUGAAAACAUUGAGGAGGACUUCAGAAAUGGACUGAAAUUGAUGCUUCUGCUUGAGGUCAUUUCUGGUGAGAGACUGCCCAAACCAGACAAAGGAAAGAUGCGUUUCCAUAAGAUUGCCAAUGUGAACAAGGCUCUGGACUAUAUUGCAAGCAAAGGGGUGAAACUUGUGUCUAUUGGUGCUGAGGAAAUUGUUGAUGGCAACUUGAAAAUGACCUUGGGUAUGAUCUGGACUAUCAUUCUUCGUUUUGCAAUUCAAGAUAUUUCUGUUGAAGAAACCUCUGCAAAGGAAGGUCUGCUGCUCUGGUGUCAAAGAAAAACAGCUCCUUACAGAAAUGUCAAUGUACAGAAUUUCCACAUUAGCUGGAAGGAUGGACUUGCACUGUGUGCACUCAUCCACAGACACAGACCUGACCUGAUUGACUACUCCAAACUCAAAAAGGAUGAUCCCAUUGGUAAUCUCAACACUGCCUUUGAUGUUGCAGAGAAAUUUUUGGAUAUCCCCAAAAUGUUAGAUGCAGAGGAUAUUGUGAAUACUCCAAAGCCAGAUGAAAAGGCAAUUAUGACAUAUGUGUCCUGCUUCUACCAUGCAUUUGCUGGAGCUGAGCAGGCUGAGACAGCAGCAAACAGAAUCUGUAAAGUUCUAGCUGUAAACCAGGAAAAUGAGAAGCUGAUGGAGGAAUAUGAAAAGUUAGCAAGUGAGCUCCUGGAAUGGAUCCGUCGCACCAUCCCUUGGCUGGAGAACAGGACCCCAGAGAAGGACAUGGGUUCCAUGCAGAAGAAACUGGAAGACUUCAGGGACUACAGAAGGGUUCACAAACCUCCUCGUGUGCAAGAGAAGUGUCAGCUGGAGAUCAACUUUAACACCCUGCAGACCAAGCUGAGACUUAGCAAUCGUCCUGCAUUCAUGCCCUCUGAAGGAAAGAUGGUGUCUGACAUUGCCAAUGCCUGGAAAGGACUGGAGCAGGUAGAAAAGGGAUAUGAAGAGUGGCUGCUGAUGGAAAUCAGGAGACUGGAAAGGUUGGAGCAUUUGGCUGAGAAGUUUAAGCAGAAAGCUACUCUGCAUGAAUCCUGGACCAGAGGAAAGGAGGAACUGCUGACCCAGAAAGAUUAUGAAUCAGCCUCCCUUAUGGAGAUCCGAGCUCUAGUGAGAAAACAUGAAGCAUUUGAAAGUGAUCUGGCUGCCCACCAGGACCGUGUUGAGCAGAUUGCUGCUAUUGCCCAAGAGCUAAAUGAGCUAGACUACCAUGAUGCUGCUACAGUUAACAGCCGAUGCCAGGCCAUCUGUGACCAGUGGGAUAAUUUGGGCACCCUUACACAGAAGAGGAGAGAUGCUCUGGAGCGUGUAGAGAAGCUUCUGGAGACCAUUGACCAGCUGUACUUGGAGUUUGCCAAGAGAGCAGCUCCUUUCAAUAACUGGAUGGAUGGAGCUGUAGAAGAUCUGCAAGAUAUGUUUAUCGUACACAGCAUUGAGGAAAUCCAGAGUCUCAUUACAGCCCAUGAGCAGUUUAAGGCCACACUUCCAGAAGCAGAUAAAGAGAAGAUGUCAAUUUUGGGCAUCCAGGCUGAGAUCCAGAAAAUUGCCCAGACCUAUGGAAUCAAACUGUCCGGAAUUAACCCAUACACUAACCUCACCCACCUUGAUGUUUCCAAUAAAUGGGAGACGGUGAAACAACUGGUUCCUCACAGAGACCAAACCCUGCAAGAGGAGCUUGCCCGUCAGCAGGCUAAUGAGCGCCUUCGUCGCCAGUUUGCAGCACAAGCCAAUGUGAUAGGGCCCUGGAUCCAGACCAAGAUGGAGGAGAUUGGUCAUAUCUCUGUGGACAUCAGUGCUUCCUUGGAAGAUCAGAUGAACCAUCUCAAACAGUAUGAGCAGAACAUCAUCUCCUACAAAUCCAACAUUGAUAAGCUAGAAGGCGACCACCAACUCAUCCAAGAAUCUCUCAUUUUUGAUAACAAGCACACAAGCUACAGCAUGGAGCAUAUUCGCGUAGGAUGGGAGCAGCUUCUAACAACAAUUGCCAGGACCAUUAAUGAGGUUGAAAACCAGAUCCUGACACGUGAUGCCAAGGGUAUUAGCCAAGAACAAAUGAAUGAGUUCAGAGCAUCCUUCAACCACUUUGACAGAAAGAGGAACGGAAUGAUGGACCCAGAUGACUUCCGUGCAUGUCUUAUUUCCAUGGGAUAUGAUCUGGGUGAAGUUGAGUUUGCUCGUAUUAUGACUUUGGUUGAUCCCAACAAUACAGGAGCUGUAACCUUCCAGGCUUUCAUUGACUUCAUGACAAGAGAGACAGCAGAAACAGACACUGCUGAACAAGUUGUGGCCUCAUUCAAGAUUCUGGCUUCUGACAAGAGUUAUAUCACUAUUGACGAACUGCGUAGAGAACUGCCACCUGAACAAGCAGAAUAUUGCAUCAGCCGCAUGACAAAGUACAUUGGUGCAGACACAGUGUCAGGAGCUCUGGAUUAUAUGUCAUUCUCCAGUGCUCUGUAUGGAGAGAGUGAUCUAUAGAAGAAAAUAUUGCUUCCCAUGACCGUCCCAUGCUCAGCCAUUUCAACAUGUAUUGAUGUCUGACCUUUCAGUCAAAGUCAAAAACCUUUUUAAAAUGUAGCAUUAAUUGCACAGCAACAUAUAUAUACACUUUGAUGAUUAAACCAAUAUUGAAAUGAA